UUGAGGCGGUCUGAAGGAGGCUGGUGUCAAAUUCCCGACCACGGAGGAGAUCCAACACGACGCGCUGAAGGCGCAGCGAACACCGAUCGACUGAUUGAUGAUCCACAUGAUCGAUAAUCACCAUUCACGUCGUCUGGUAAUCUUUCACUACAGCUUUUGGACAUUUUGUUUGUCAUUCGACAGAAGAUCUAUUGUCCUGACUGUUUCUCCGUGCGCAAUCGAUCCAAACGCUUGCAUCAGAUGAUCCAUAAGACGUCCUUUGUUUAACUUAAGUUUUUUUUUAAAAUCUUGACUAAACACUUUAAUAUUUACUCCCCCGGAGUCGCAGUUCUUUGUUUUAAAAACUUGUCUUCACUUUUCGAAGACGGAAGUGAUCUCAGUCCUGUUCGCUGGCUGCUGUCCCGUUACAAACAUGGUGGAUGAAAGGAGUCCUUAACCACUUUGGGAUCUUCUGCUUCUUCAUGGAGACAUGUUUACUGGACUACUCGGCCUGAAAUGUCAAGGCAACUCUGCGCACCGGUACAGCGAAGGAGCCAUGAAAGGUGGCAGAGCCUCAGGGACAGCUGGCGGCUUCGGCUGUAAGAGGCCCGGGUACACGAGAGGGGAGCAGUCCAGACCACAAACCACUACUGAUGAUCCGGAAGACGCGGAGGAAGAUGAGGAAAUUUGCAUAAGUGGAUGUCAGACUCAUGGAAUGAGUCUAUCACCUGCUGUCGGAAUAUCCACAUCAAACCUUCUACAAACUGAUGACAUUCCUUUUCUUUCCAAUGGUGCAUCCAAUCACCACCUAUUAAAUCCGAGCCCGGUUCUUCAGUAUACAACUAAGGCCAGACUGACUACCCCGGAAGAGUCUUUUAAUUCUAGUUUCAGUUUUAUUCAGCAGUCUCUCUCGACCCCGACUACACCAGCACAGGACUUAAAACCUCAUCAAGCAACAAAAGUCCCUUCGUUGUCUCACACUAAACCAGCAUCUCUGGAUCAGCCUGACUCAAAGCAAUCAUCCCUGGUCACCUCUACUUCUGCCCCCAGCGUCCUUGAAGAAAGGUUUUGGGGGGAGCGUGUAUGGGCCACCAGGGAGGUCGCGUCCCAUCUACCUGAUGGUGACUUUCAGUGUCUGGAUACGGAAGUCACCUCUUCGCUGUCACUGGACUCAGACACCGCAUCUGCCUCCUCGGUCACCUCCGGGUAUGAGAGCGCCACACCCGCUUCCGACCAAGGCUGGGACAAUUGGGUGAGGAAGUAUGACCACUUGCUGCAAGACUGCCUGCAAAACAACCGGACACACACUAAGAUUGAGUCGAUGAUGUUAAAGCUCCAGAGCCUCCAGCAGAAAGCCAUCGUGGAGGAUGAUUACGAUGCAGCUGAGCGAUUUGGGAAAAAGCUAGAAGAGUUGUGCAGGGAGCGAGGAGCUCUCAAGUUGGGUUUACCAUCCAGACAGCCUACAGUGGCCCUGUUCCUGGAUAGGCUCAGACAGGUGGUGCAGGGCGCCCUCCAGAGGACAGACACUUGUCAUCACAGGUUGGGUGCAGAACCUCAUGCGGGGGAGCGGUUGGAUUCGAACCGUAGAGAUCGUCUCAUCCAAGAGAAACAGACAGUAGAGGAUGAAAUAAAAGAACUGCAGCAGAGACUGGCGGAUCUGAAGGAUCGCAGCCGUUGUCUGGAGCAACAGAUCCAGCAGGAGGAGCAGCAGAUGGAGGCCGAAGACCUGGAGGGCUCUGUGCUGAGGAGCUGCACUGUGGCUCAGCUUCGGGACAUGAACCGAACCCUUCAUGACCUUGUCACCUCUGAGAACCGCAACCAGAUCACUGUCUCUCUUCCGCCCUCUGUGCUCAGACUCCAGGAACAGGAGCAAGCAUUGAAUCUAUCCAUCAAGGAAGCCACUUCCAAAGUGGUCAUGAGUCAGAAGCUGGGAAGCAGUUUGAGGAGGAAAGUCAGUGAGACUGAAACACAUCUCUUAACUCUGCAGGAAGCCAAACUGGCAGCCAUCUCAGGUAAUGACUUCACCAGUGCCAAGGAGCUGAAGGCUGAGAUGAAGGUGGUGUACCAGGAGCAGGAGAGACUGGAGGCUCUGGCCAAGAGGCUGCACAGUCUCAGCUCAGGGAGCAGCCAAGAGCUGGCCAGGAUGAAGGAGCAGUGGCAGCAGCUCAGACAGGAGCUGGAGCAGAGGGAGGGGCAGCAUGAAAGCCAGUUGAAAGAAAACACUGCAAAGUAUAUUGAGCUAUUGGAGGAUAGAUUACACAGCUGUAGCUGUCCGGGCUUAGAGCGGAUUUGUGAAGCUGACCUGGAGGCAUGUCACCUGUUCUUACGAGGCCUGCAGCUGCGAACAUCCAGCUGCAAUGCGGCGGACGUCGACGACCAGCCCGCCACGGCUGGGUGUUCUUCAAAUCAAGUGUGCACCAAAGAGGACGAAGACAGCGCCAUGUUGACUGCUUUAGGAGGCUGCUGGUGUCCUGACGCCAAUUUACAGAACUCUGAGUUCACUAAGAAACUGGAGGAGUUUUUGUUCUGCAUGGAGGAUAUUAACCCGCAGCAGGAUGUGUCCAGCGAUGAUGAAGCAGCAGACCUGGCAGAGCGCUGUGAACUGAUCAGCGACAGAUUAAUCACGUUGGAAGAUGACUUACACACGGCCAUACUGAACCAGGAUCAGACCCUCACUGAGUCGCUGGAGAAGCAAGUUCAGGAAGUUAAAACCACUUUGCAAAACAUGCUCGCCCUGCUCAAAGAUGAAGACGACGAUGUUCGGGAACUCCAAGACGAUGACCCGGUGGAAAAUGGGAUUUUAGAAGAUGAAGACGAGGACCAGUACUUCAGUGACAGCUGGGAUAUUUGAAACAGAAGCCUGUUGUGUUUUAUGAGCACUCACACUGGGAGCCCGACCUCCACUCUCCAGUGGAAGUGACACCCCCUCCACUUAAUGUAAAGUCUCCCUCAAAGCAUUUACAAGUGGUCCCCCGUGGAACUGCUAAACGUCUCAAAAAAGGUUUUUUAUAGAUGUGGGGCUGAAACACUUGAAAACAGGAAAUACUGUAAGUGCCUUUAGGUCUUUCUAGCUACUUCUGUUGGUUAAAAUCAACCAGUCUUUGAAAUGAAGUGACACCCAGGUUAAAUGGAUUGUGAAAGUCAUGUUAUGUGUUUAUUACUAACAUAAAGCCCACUGACCAAACCCGAAAAUGUACACUGAACCCCACAUUUUGUGGGACCAAAAAGACUAGAGAUCUUUAAGGGAAAACUUUUAUUUUUUUAAUUUUCCCUUUCGACAAUCCUUGUGUGAAACAUGAACAUGUUUUUCCCUUUUCAGGAGCAAAACAGCUAAUACGAGAAAGCUAACAAUGCAUGUAUUGGGACUCACCUAUUUUGACUACAAAGCUCUCUAAAAAACCUUCCAAAACGCCAACAAUGUGCCAUUUGCAUCAUGUGAUGUGCAUAUUAACCAAGCUACAGCAUUGUUAUUGUAGGUGUUAACACCGAAGAACUACGUUUCUGGUGUAGCGACACAUUGCCUCGUUCUCAGUGUAUUACAACACUUCACACCACCACCGAGAAAUAAUGUAAGCUAAUGGAGUUGAUGUAUUACCUGUAAGUUUGAAUCAAAUGUACCAAAUUGAAUUUAAGUCUUGUGCUGGAAGAUACAGCCAUCCCAUCAAUAGGCAUCCCAGUGAGAGCGGACAUUGUAAGUGACUUGCGAUGACAAUGGGUUAGUGUUUCACUAUAGCACCCAGCAAUGUUAUACUCUGAGGGAGUAAAAGUAAAUUGUAGUAGUCGUCGUCGACUCUCAAAAAGUCUGCCAUGACUAGUGAUAGCAUACGCUGUCUCUUUGUGGAUGUUGUUGACGGAAGUAGCAUCCGCUGCUACGGCCGCUGUGCAAUCAACACGCCCAAGAAGGAAGUUCCGGUAAUGCUUAAAAUAACCAAAAUACUCAGAAGUAGAACAUGUUAUCAUGAAUGUUUGUGUUAGUACAUGCUUACAACAUGUAUAUACAUGCAUUGUUAACUGCCUCAUGCUAGCAGUUUUUCCAUAUUUGGAAAGCAAUGAUGUGUGCUGAUGUUUCACAUAAGGAUUGUGGAAGAUGGGCAAAAGUCCAAAAAAAGUGCAAUUAUCAAAAGUUACAUUUUUAAGUCGUGGGGCUAUUUAUGUGUAUUUUUGUAUUUCAAGUUGCCUUCAUGUCAUUUUGUGUACUUGGUGCUAACUUGAACAAUACUGUUUAAUUGUAAAAAUGUAAUAUUUCUGUCCUGUGGCUUACGGAUCAAAUGACAAAGGAGUAUUAGGGCCACAAUGAAAAGAAAACAACAACAAAAACACUCUGAGACCAGCAGUCUUAUGUCUCUUUAAAGACCUGCCAUAUAAGAUUAUCUUCUUAUAUUGUUAAAAGCCCAACCAAAGAGGUGAUUUAGUCCAUGUUUGUCCUGUCAUUUGACCACAACAGGCACAAUAAUCCCUAAGACCAACUACUGUUGCCGGCUGAAACCUAACCCUGAACCUCCAACAUCCCUUUUGUUCCACUAGCACAACAAAUAUAUGUCUUAAAUGGCUUAUUUUCUCUUAUUAAAAACCAUAUUUAGAAGGACGUGAACAGGUUUUCUAUGCUCAAACUACUAAAAUAUUCCAUUUAUAAAUAAGGAAUCCUACCUUUGUUGAAAUUCACUGAUGAUGGUCGAGUCUGGAACCAAUUAACCGCAAUAAAUGUACCAUUUGGGAUUUUUUUGUUUAAACUAUGACAGCUCUAUUCUUGUAUUCUUUAUUAUUGAAUUUACUUUUUUAUGACGAUCAUAACAUUUGAGUUCAUUCUUGUGACACAAAGACCUCUUUUCACAUUAAAAUGUGAAAUUAUUUUCUUCUAAUAUUUUUUAUCUUGUAUAAUUUUUAUUUUUUUCAGUUUGUUUUAUUAUUUAUAUAUUAUUAUUAUACUAUUUUUUGUUUGCAGAAUUUAAACAUUUUAUUUUUUUUUUCAUUUUUAUUUUUAAAAUUAUGAGUUUAUUCUGGCUGCACGGUGGUCGAGUGGUUAGCGCAGACCUCACAGCUAGGAGACCAGGGUUCAAUUCCACCCUCGGCCAUCUCUGUGUGGAGUUUGCAUGUUCUCCCCGUGCAUGCGUGGGUUUUCUCCGGGUACUCCGGUUUCCUCCCACAUUCCAAAAACAUGCUAGGUUAAUUGGCGACUCCAAAUUGUCCAUAAGGUAUGAAUGUGAGUGUGAAUGGUUGUUUGUCUAUAUGUGCCCUGUGAUUGGCUGGCCACCAGUCCAGGGUGUACCCCGCCUCUCGCCCGAAGACAGCUGGGAUAGGCUCCAGCACCCCCGCGACCCUUGUGAGGAAAAGCGGUAGAAAAUGAAUGAAUGAGUUUAUUCUUGUUUAAAAAUAAAGCAAAUUUUCAAUUUCUAUCUUUUAAUAUUGCAUUUUUCUGGUAGUUUGGGAAAAAUAUAUAUUUUUUCCGCUCUUCAGUGUGUCCCUAAUACUCCUUUCUAUAAAAUAUCUUGAUGCUUUGCUUUUAAAUACUAUUACUAUUUAAUACUAUUUAAACAUUUGCACACAUAAUAUGCAACUUUGAAGGCUAAAAUAUCAGUUGGCAGAGAAAAACGUGUGAAACUGCUGUUUGCACAACCGACUGCAUUAUGUUUUAUGCUAAAUCGUGUCCAUUCCAGACAUUGUGUAAUCUUAUUUUGAAUGUACUGUACAUUCCCAUAUGUCGUAUUUAUUACCUCUCAUGUCUCACUAAUUACAGUUCCAUACGUUGCGCCUGAUGACCGUGUCCUGCUGUUUUUCCUUGUUGCCUCCACUUUGGCAAUUGCCCCUCAUGGAGAAUGUGCGGGCAUCCUUCCAGGCAAGUGGGGGCAGUGUUGACAUGCCGGAGCUAUCAAUACACUAAUAAAGGUCCUCUAGUGAGGUCUGUAGGGGAUACAAGCUUCUUUUGUUAUCUCACCUCAGCAGCAGCCGUGUGGCUAAUUGGAAGACAAACUGGCUGGCGGAGGAGGGCGUGUGGCGGUGAAGGUGGAGUGCUGUUGCUUUGUCUCCAUCUGAUCCAGCCUUGUGUGUGUUGUCGUGGGCCAGGCGGCUGGAUCCUCGGAGGCGUGUGCAGUCGCGGCUUGUAAACACAGCUGAGUGCUCAGGCAGGCUUUUUCCACAGUCGCACAAUGCCUCUUUCGCACACUGCUGACAGGUUGAAAAGCACUUUCCUAGCCGGAAGACUCCCACCUUCUAUCAGCUUGAGGGAACAUACGGUUGGAGCUGGGCGCGCACACCUUUCUUCCCCCCCAAAACUCCAACCUCAUAAUUGAAUCUGUUGUGGCACCACAGUGAGUCCCAUGAGAGAGCUGGGCUCCUAAAAUUGCUGAGGGUAAAAAAAUCCAGAUGGUUUGCAGUAGAUACAUAUAGCAAGACAAUAUAUUUACUUGUUUGGGAUGAAAUUGUAUGUCAUAUACUGUACUUCACUGGACAUUUCAUUAGGUACCUAAGAGGAUCCGAUAUAAGACUUGAUAGAGGUUGUUGUUGAUAGAGGUGUACUUUGCUAUUGUGGUAUUGAACACUGAAAUCUACAAAUCUAAAACAUAUUCAGCUAUACAAGAACACCAAUGUAUCAUAUUUACCCGAAUAAAUGAUCCUGAAAACAAGCUGCACGGUGGUAGAAGAUGCGGGUUCCCCCACUCGGGCAUCUCCGUGUGGAGUUUGCAUGUUCUCCCCGUGCAUGCGUGGGUUUUCUCCGGGUACUCCGGUUUCCUCCCACAUUCCAAAAACAUGCUAGGUUAAUUGGUGACUCCAAAUUGUCCAUAGGUAUGAAUGUGGGUUGAAUGUGGGUGGGCUGGCGACCAGUCCAGGGUGUACCCCGCCUCUCGCCCGAAGACAGCUGGGAUAGGCUCCAGGAUACCAGCGACCCUCGUGAGGAUAAGCAGUAUAGAAAAUGGAUGGAUGAUCCUGAAAACGGGCUGCACGACGGUCGAGUGGUUAGCGCGCACACCUCACAGCUAGGAAACCCGAGUUCAAUCCCACUCUCGGCCAUCUCUUUGUGGGUUUUCUCUGUGUACUCCGGUUUCCUCCCACAUUCCAAAAACAUGCUAGGUUAAUUGGUGACUCCAAAUUGCCCAUUGCUAUGAAUGUGAGUGUGAAUGGUUGUUUGUCUAUAUGUGCCCUGUGAUUGGCUGGCGACCAGUCCAGGGUGUACCCCGCCUCUCGCCCGAAGACAACUGGGAUAGGCUCCAGCACCCCCACGACCCUCGUGAAGAUAAGUGGCAGAAAAUGAAUGAAUGAAUGAAUUAUCCUGAAAACAAGAAUAUUUUCCAACAACAGUUUUUGGAAAAAUAUUUUUAAAAGACAAAAUGUUCUUUUUUCCAUUCAUGUUUUCAGUAUUAGUUCGACAGUCCUUUAAUUAAAAAUUAAUUAAUAAAAUUAGCAUCUUAACUUCUGAUUUUGUUAUGUUUAGUUGUGAAUAUGUUUGUAAUCAUCAUUAGUCUUGCUAAUUAGACAAUGAAAUGCAUAGAAGUGUCAUAUGCGGAGGCACAUGACACUUCUUCACUACUUGAAGCGACGCAUGAGAGCGAGGCAUGCAUGAGCUGAGAGGUGUUUGUCAUUUCCGUCCUUCCAUAGAGAGGAAAAUAUGCAAAAAUAUGCAUUGGGUUGCCAAAUGGUGGAUUAUAUAAAAUAUAUAUCCAAGAUCACCAUUUCUACAACAAAGUACCAGAACUUUUCCUGCAGAAGGAUAGAAUACAUGUAUGUACUUUAUAUACAGAUAAAAUGAAUAAAUCACACCGGGCAAUCAAGCACAGAGAAAAUGUAUGCAGAGUCAAUAAACAUCUUAAAUUGAAUUGCGACGCAUAUCUAAUGUAUUUAUUUUGCUGUGAAAGUAUUCAUAUAGCACAGAUUAAAAACACACUUUAGGAAAGUAAAUACAUGAAUAAUGGUACACAACUUAUUGUACUGAGAGAACACAACUAGGUUGUCCACUGCAGAGAAAAAAACCCCUCAUAACAGUCUUAUUUCUUUUUGUUGCACCGUGUGUACUUCUCAACCUGCUCACAUAUUCUCCAGCCAUCCAUCCACCGCCUUCUUUGUCUUCUCCUAUGUUCUCUGUGUCUGUUAUCUCUUUUUGCAAUGUGCCCCUACUUACAAAAUCACAACCUGAGCUGGCCUUUUUUUUGGAUUUUUACCUUGUAUCCGAACCCUUGGUCCAAACUUGUAGAUCCAAAUUUCUGAUCCUGUUCCUUUUGUAACCCCAACAACGUAUAUAUUGUUAUAUAUGAGCUGGAAACCUCAUAUUACAAAUAUACAACAUAAGGUGGCCAGAAAUAUUUCAGUAUUGAACAAAGCAAAAUUUGUUCUCAAUCAGAAAUCACUCCACACUCUUUAUUGCUCUCUGGUUCUACCAUAUCUUACUUAUUGUGUGGAAAUAUGGGUAAUAACAACAAAAGCAAUCUUCACUCGCUAAAUGUACUGCAAAAAAAGGUCAGUAAGGAUAAUUCAUAAUGCCGCCUACAGAGAACAUACUAAUUCCUUAUUUCUAAAAUCACAAAUACUUCAACUUGCUGAUAUAGUUCAUCUUCAAACAGCUAAAAUAAUGCACAAGGCUAAAAAUAACCAAUUAGCUAAAAAUGUCAUCCAAUACUUCUCUACAAGAGAGGAGAAAUAUGAUCUCAGGGAAGAACUACAUUUGAAACACUUCUAUGCUAGGACUACGUUAAAAAGCCAUAGCAUUUCAGUAUGUGGAAUCAAACUAUGGAAUGGAUUGAGUAAGGACCUCAAACAAUGCACAACGAUGAGCCAAUUCAAGAAAC